UGAGAGUCUGUGCAUCUGGGUCUACUCGCUUAGACAAGAAAUAAAAACUUUUCAGUUUCAGUCAGGUUUAGUCUUGAAUAUCUGAGUGCACCAGUCAGGUCAGAUCACAUGGGCUGGGCCGGGUUUGGGCUUUAACUUGAUGUCUAGUUUUGGGCUCCUUCGCUGAAUAGCACGUUUUGUUCAAUCAUUGUCAUAAUCCCACUGCAGCACAAGGAAGUUUCAGGGAAAGUGUGUGACCUGACAGGAGCCUCGUUUGCUCUUUUAGGAUGGCCAUCUUGCAUGUUGCAUUUCAUUUGACAACCAGACAUCAGUAACAUUAGUCAGUAACAUCUUUCCAGGGUUUAAUAUAUGCUAAAAGAUGUCAAAUCAAUGAUUAACUGUUCCAUCACACCCUUUUUCAAGUUUCCGCAGCAGACUACAUGUGACACGCUGCGAAAUGAGAAUGGCAUCUGCAUUAUAAACGUAUCCAAACGUAUCACACUCACGCAUACACACAUAGUCCCAUCCAGAUGGAUUGUCUUCCCUCUCGCUGUUGAGCGCAGCGCUGAGCCGCUGGUGAGAGACUGCAGUUAUUUCAGUCUCAUUGCAGUCUCUCUCUCUCUCUCUCUCUCUCUUCCUCUCCCACUCUCUCUUUCCUCUCUCCUUAUCAUCUCUGAUUGAGCAUCAUUCUCACAUACUACGCUUUCAUGCCUCCUCUUUCACACUCACUCUCUCUCUGUUAGCUUCUCCUUCACUUACAGCCCCAGUGAUCAUGCCGCAUCCCUCUCUCUCUCUCUCUGUCCUCUCCUCCGCCUGUCUGCUUUUGUUUACAUAAAUCUUCAUCAAAUUGACUGUAUUUUUUUGUGCCAGCCGAACUGCAUUUGCCUGUUUAUUUGGUAAGAGGACAUUUAGAUGCGGGACACAGCGUGUUUUUCACCUUGCGGCUCACUCAUCUGGACUGCUUUUGGAAAGGGGUCCUGUUCAGUCCUAGACUUUCAGGAAUACAUCGAUCAUCCGGUUUGCCACCCGCCGAGUGUUUUCCCAGAGUCCCGGAGUCUGUUUCAUAGCUGUGUGUCUCCUGCGGUGCACUUGGACUGCUCUUAUAGUCUCGGUGAUGAGCGUGGGCUGAAGAAAACCCCCCUCUGCCCGUCAUCAGCCUGAGGAGAAACACCAUUGAGGGUCAGCGAAAAUCAGUGGAGAGGAACGAGCGACAAAAAGGAGGCGAAGAGAAGAGUGAAGGGCAAAGCAGCACCGCACAGGUUAAGAAGAGCAUCAAACGGCGGCACGGACGGGAUCGGCUCCUGUUGGGAAAGAGAGCGAGAGUUUAAGAAAGAGAGAGGCAGGAACACUUUGAAUUUUUAAACUCUGAACUAGUGACUAAACUCUUCAGCUUUUGAGAUCCAACCCAGAACUGCAUCCUGAUUCUCUUGGACUUUCAGGACAAGCUGUGUCAGUUUUCCCUGCUCAAGUUCCUUCGCAGCUAACAGCCAUGCAGGUGUCCUUCGCGUGUACGGAUCACGGGUUGAAGGCCCCGCGGACCAGCGAGCCGAACAAGCAGAACACGUCGAGUCCGAGCACGGCCAGCGCGGCACGGGCACGGUUCCGAACGGUGGCGCUGAUCGCUCGCAGCCUGGGUUCCUUCACGCACAGGCACCACAUUUCCCUGAAAGAGUCCACUGGGAAACUCACCGGCAUGAAGUACAGGAAUCUUGGGAAGUCGGGACUGCGAGUGUCAUGCCUUGGACUUGGCACAUGGGUGACAUUUGGAGGGCAGAUUUCAGAUGAGGUGGCAGAGCAGCUGAUGACUAUAGCCUAUGAAAACGGGGUCAACCUCUUUGACACUGCAGAGGUCUACUCAGCUGGGAAGGCUGAAAUACUCCUAGGAAACAUUAUCAAGAAAAAGUGUUGGAGGAGAUCCAGUCUGGUCAUCACUACUAAACUGUACUGGGGAGGAAAGGCAGAGACAGAGCGUGGGCUCUCGAGGAAGCACAUUAUUGAAGGUCUGAAGUGUUCUUUGCAGAGGUUACAGCUGGAAUAUGUGGAUGUGGUUUUCGCCAAUCGCCCUGACAGCAACACACCUAUGGAGGAGAUAGUGAGAGCCAUGACGCAUGUCAUUAACCAUGGUAUGUCCAUGUACUGGGGCACGUCACGCUGGUCAGCUAUGGAGAUCAUGGAAGCGUAUUCUGUAGCGAGGCAGUUUAAUCUGAUUCCUCCUGUGUGUGAACAGGCCGAAUAUCAUUUAUUUCAGAGGGAUAAAGUGGAGAUGCAAUUGCCAGAGCUUUACCAUAAGAUUGGUGUUGGAGUAGUGUCCUGGUCUCCUCUGGCCUGUGGCAUCAUCACAGGAAAAUAUGAAAAUGGCAUCCCAGAAUCUUCUAGAGCCUCUUUGAAGUCAUACCAGUGGCUGAAGGAGAAGAUUCUGAGUGAGGAUGGCAGAAAGCAGCAGGCGAAGCUUAAGGAAUUGACCCACAUUGCUGAGAGGCUCAGCUGUACCCUGCCACAACUUGCCAUCGCCUGGUGCCUCCGUAAUGAAGGAGUGAGUUCGGUUCUCCUGGGGACCUCCAACCCUGCACAGCUCACUGAAAACCUGGGGGCGAUACAGGUUCUUCCAAAGAUCACCACUCAAGUGGCCUCGGAUAUCGACAAAGUCCUGGGUAACCGUCCCCACAGUAAGAAGGACUACCAUCACUAGGCCUUUCUGUGAACCUGUAAGCCUUGAGACUCAGGAUCCCAUGCCAGCCCUCUUGUGUCGGCGGGUGUCUACAGUGUGUGAUUCCCACUAUUGUGUGUCUGUCAAAUUCUGCAGAGAGCCAUUGUUACCAUUACAGUAGAAAUGCUAAAGUGUUAUGCAUGCUUCUGUUCGACCUAAACCUGAGCUCAACCUUGCAUUAAAACUCUUCUCGGAGACACACCUGCCUGUGAAGUACAGAAGCUCCUGGACUCCCUCAUCUAUGGGGUUUUGCGUUCAGCUUUCCAUCAUCCAUAUGUGCCAAAGUGAACCUGGUCUUGACCCUUGACCUCUGGAUAUUCAUUCUGAAAAGGGGCUAAUGACAGGCCCUGUUUACCGUCUAUUAAAAAUUAAGGAAAAUGCACUGCAUAUCACACUGAGAAUGUAAUGGCUAAGAACUGUGAUGUAUGGCAGAGCAGCAUGUGGAGUUGAACUGUGUAAGAUGUGUGCUUUAGUAAAAUGGAUUAAGAAGCCAUCAACAGCAAAGUGGGCUGUUAUUGCGUUUAAAUGUUGAUCCAUACAUCGUUAAAAGACUGUUUGUGUAUGUUCCCUCUGUAAUCCCUGCAAUUUGUCAUGUCUAAUCUGUUCAAUAAUUUAUUUCUCUGUCAUUUUAAAUGAACAUUAGAAAAAAGAAAAUUAGUUUGUUUAAAUGCUUUUCCAGUGCUAAAGUUCAACUUUAUUAACUGACACUGGUUAAAGACGUAAAUGCUUGCUGCUGUAUUUGGUAACUUUUGAACUGCUAAGCAGUACAUACUUGAGUCCAGAGAGUGAUAAACUGCACAACUACUGCAAGCAACUCGUUACUGUCUAUGACAAAUGGAGUCAGAAUGUUUACAAACAUGAAAAUGAUGAAGCUGUUAAUUAAUGCAUUGUGCAGAGUGCGUUUAACAUCAAAAUAAAAAUGUGCAUCUCCAGUUUGUGUUUUUAAUGCAUAAUGAAGUGUUUUUGUAACCAAAUUUGAAGUUAUGUUGCUGAUUGAUGUACAUAGUUGUUGCCUGGAAACAAAAUACCUUGCAAAGUGUGGGCUACGGUAAAAAAAAAAAAAGAAAAAAGAAAAACAAACCAUAACUAAUUUAAAAGGUAGAAAAACUAGGGCAUAACUGAACGGAGAAAACUAGGUCAGAAGAGGCAGCAGAAAAUACUGAAAAACAUAAACAUUACCUUAUGAUCUCCAUAGAAGCUACAUCCCUCCCU